AUGAAUCACGAUAAUCCCAUGUUUCAUUCCGAAAUAGGGCGCCUUGAUUCGCCUCCUCGCAAACGAGUCCGUAACGAUGUUCAUUAUCGAGAUUCUCCUGCCGGUACACCGGUGAUUGAACAGAAUACAAGUUAUGCCAGACAAUAUCAAACUCCCAAACCUGAUGACGAAGACGAAAGGUUUUUGCGGUUGGCACGAGAAGCGUUGGUGGCUACAGCCACCGCCAAUCAGCAGUCCAGUGAAUUGAAUCCACUUGUGGUUGACCCCACUAUUUCUGACCUUUUACAUCGGCUUCAAUAUGCUCUGUCUCCACAUGGAAACCCCAUUAAACGGGGUCUGAACAUCCAUGCCAAUGAAAACGGUCAAUUGAUGAUCCAAAGCUUCUACAAUCAGUUUCCCAAUAUGAGCAAUGAUAUUUUUGUGAGCUCCAAUAACCACCCUACCAAUUCAAGAAGUGAAGGAUGGAACUUUUUGGUGGGCGAACCACUCGAGUUGAGAGCACCACAGACAACACCGCAAACUCAUCAGCCUAACCACUCACAUUCGCUUUCUGAACCAAUAUCGGAGCAGAUUUCGCAGCCAUUAUCGCACCGUGAUUCCAUCGCUCGUCCUCGUUCUCCGUCUUUUUCCAGACCCAAAGAGGCUUCACCAGACCUAAACGACUCCGACGAUCAGGAUCGCAAGUUUUUUUGCACACAAUGCUCAAUGUCGUUUCGGCGGUCGUCAGAUUUGAAGCGCCAUGAAAAGCAGCACUUUAAAGUAUUGCCGUAUAUUUGUGAAGAAUGCGGCAAGUCGUUCGCUCGAAAAGAUGCGUUGAAGAGGCACGUCGGAACGUUGACAUGUAAACGAAACACAGAUAAAAAGUUGUAUGUGGACAAUUUGAAUUACUUGGAGAGAAAUAAGUAG